AUAGAAGCCAACAGUGGGUAAGGGGGCGGGGUAAGGUUGAUACCAUCCCUGCGUGAUUGCUGCGCGCGUGCGCGCUGCUUGGUUGCUCUGCUCAGAAAAGCCCCUGAGCCUCCACUAAUACCAGCAAAAAAAUGAGGCAUACUCAGAGUAUUUCCCAUGUCCCUCCUGUGGUCACCACUGGGGUGAAGCCAGGGAACAUGAGGCCGCAUCACAACAGCACAAAGGGCAUUGGAGCACGUAGCAGGAUGCGAAUCCCUGAGAGAGAGCAUUCCAUAGCAGUGCUGAAAAGCAUGCAGCGACCUCCAUUCCAUCUACACCAGGAAGAGCAAGAAGCCUUCUUCAACCUACUGGAGGAUGACUUGGUACAAGAGUUCUUGUCUAUGGACAUAUGCUACAAGAUUUCAGAUAAGUAUCUUCUAGCCAUGGCUCUGACUUACUUCAAACGUGCUGGCCUGCAUAUUAGUGAAUACACACGGAUGAACCUUUUCACUGCUCUGUACUUGGCUAAUGACAUGGAGGAAGAUGAAGAGGAUUACAAGUAUGAGAUCUUUCCCUGGGCCCUUGGUGACAACUGGCGGCAGCUGUUCCCACAGUUCUUAAAACUGAGGGAUGGCUUCUGGGCUAAAAUGAACUACCGAGCAGUGGUCAGCCGGCGUUGUUGUGAUGAGAUAAUGUCAAAGGAGCCAUCCCACUGGGCUUGGUCACGUGAACGACCCCUUCAUCACAGUGGAGCACUGAGAAGCUACCUGAAGAAUGAAAAGGACUCACUUCCCCGAGGACCUGGUGUUACACCUCCAAGCUGCCCCCUCUGCACUUGUGAGCUGACUGAAGAGGAAGGCAGCCCAGAAAAUGCUCCAAGUGCCAGUAUUACUUCUGAUGGUGACCUAUUGCCAUUCACUAACAAGUGGUCCCAGAACUUUAUUAUCUUCCCUCAUAAAAUAAUGCUGGAUCCAGUGGCAACAUAUAGCCUGCAGAUCCUGCAGGAGCCAGGAGUCACUAUGGAGCCUGAUGGAACUGGCAUGGAUUGGCGAUCUGUGGGGUGACUGACUGUUCCAGGACCAAGAUGUCUCCUCCCAAGGAACUGCAAGUGGCACUGGACUUGUUCUCAUUCUGCUGUUCACAGAAGUAUGUUUUCCCCACGCACUUUAUGAAUAUAUUCUGGUUGUGAACAGGAAGACAGGGCAGUACUUAUGUAUUUAAAAAAAUUGCUUGCUGAUGCAGCUAUUCAAAUAUGCCUUAUUUAAUGUGCAAAUGCCAAUGUAAUAGCUGGACAGGCUCUUAAUAAAAAUGUCCAGGAAAAA